AAUAAUAUAAAAAAAAAAAUGUCCGAAAGUCUACAAAAACGCCAUAUUUAAGACGAAGAAUAAGCUAUAAUCUAAAAUCCCCCCGAAAACUCAUCUAACUGCGGUUACUUAUAAAGGAAUUUGAUAUCUCGUGAGGAUUUAUUCGAUCGUGAAAAGAAUUAAUCUUUACUUAAACGCACAAAAACCUAUCUUUCCUAAUUAUUUAUUGGCAACUAAUCCAUAAUUGAAAAAUCAUGUAUUUUUAUAACCAUAGUAGCAUUAAUAACAGUCUUAGUGGGUAUUAGUAUUAUAAUAAUCUCCACUUUUAAUGCAUAAAACCUUAAAAGAAAAGAAUAAUUCGCCUCUUAAUAUAUAAUUAAACCCAAAACAGACUAAAAUAAUACCUAUAAGCUCCUUACUUUACCAAAUAAACUCUAAAUAAUGCUCAUUUCUAAUAAAUAAGCCUAAUAUUCAGCUGUUUCAUUAGAUGUAUAAGCCGGAUCUUGGUAAGAACCUCAAUAAGUUUUAGGUUUAUCUCAUUUUUUGGAACAUAUGAUAUUUCUAAAAUGUGAGAAAUACCCUGAAAAAGGUUAUUUAGAUUAAAUAUUAAGUAAAAACGGUGGAUAUUCAAAUGCAUAUACAGAAGAUGAUAAUACGAAUUUUUAUUACAAAACAUAGACUAAAAGCUUAGAAGAAACACUAGAUAUAUUCGCAAAUAUGUUUAUUUCGCCAAUUUUUGACGAAGAUUCUAUAUAAAAAGAAAGUAGUGCAGUAGACGAUGAAUAUUAAAUAGAUUUAGCCAAAGAGGACUUUAAACUUGAGAGUUUAUUGAAAUAAAUAUCAGAUCCUAUACACCCAUUUAGUCGUUUUUCAGUCGGAAACACCUAAACACUAUUAGAAAAUAAAGAAAUCAAUAUAAAAGAUGAACUUUAUGCCUUUAAAAGUAAAUUUUAUACCCCAAAUGUAAUGAAAUUGGUCGUCUAUACUAACGAAGACUUAGAUAAAGUAGAGAAAUAUGUCCAAGUAUUCUCCAAUAUACCCGAAGAUAAUAACUCUAACGAAAAAACGAACUUUUAACUUUUCGGAAAGCCUAUAAAAGACCUAGGAUAGAUAAUAAAACUGAAAGGCGAAAACGACAAAUUUUCUAUUUUUUUCCAACUAGAUUUCGACCGAAAAAAUUACAAAAAAAGGCCUUUAGAAUUCCUGGAUUAUUUCCUUUAAAAUGAAAAAGAAGGUAGUUUAGUAUAUUUUUUAAAAAACAAAGAAAGCCUAAUUCUCGAUUUUUCCACUGAAAAAUUCCUCGACUAGUAAAAUUUCCUUAUUUUCCACCUUAAAUUUACCCUUUAAAAAACCGAGAAUUUUUCGUUUGAAAACUCAUAUAAAAAAAUCACCAAUUCCCUCCUAAACUACCUCGAUUUCCUAAAAACAUAGCCUAUACUAGACUAAAUAUACCACGAAAAGUCCAAAAUAUAAGAUCUUUCAUUUACCUUUAAGACAUCUUCCACUUUUUCCGAAAAAGACAUAGCUUAGUUUGCCAAAAACCUCAAUUUUUUCAACUAUAAGGAAGUACUAGCUACCUAAAGUCUCUAUUAAGAUCAAUUUGAUAAAUAAUAAUUCAUCCAAAUCCUAAACUAAAUGCAAGAUAUAGCCUAAUCAGCUAUUUUAGUCUUACAAUCGCCUAAUUUUUCAGAAAAAACUGCCUAAGAGUCUCUUUUUAAAGACAAUGAAUUUGAUAAUAAUGUCCCUUUAUUCUCCCUAGAGUACUCCUAAAGGACUUUAAGUGAAACAUCUAUAUAAGAAAUGACUAAUAUAGACUAAGAAUUCUAAAAAAACACCUUUAUAACUCCUUAAUUAAAUCCUUUUGUCCCUUUUUCGACUAAAUUAAUAGAAGUUUGCAAUUAAAACGAAAUGUAAAUAAACCUAGAGUAAAUUUCGUAAAAUGAACUCCAAAAAAAAAGCGAAAAUUAAGAUUUUCUCAAAAAAAUCUUCAAAAACUUCGAUUUUUCUCCCGAGGAUAAUACCGAAUGUGAUUUCUAAACUUUCCUAAACGAAAAUAUGAAUUAACCCCAACUUAUUAAGUACUAAAAAGGCGUAGAAUCCUGGUUUUUAUUCGACUAAUACUUCCUUUCACCCAAAACAGCCGCCUAUUUUGCCAUUUAAAUGCCCAAUAUGAACAAGAACAUCAAACAAUACUCCAUAGGAGCUGUUUAUGCCUAAAUUUUCGAAAAUGAACUCCAAAAAGAAAUCUCUUAAGCCCUUAUUGCUGAUUAUAAACUUGAUAUUUAAUACAAAAACAGCUAAAUAAGAUUAUACGUGGAAGGUUGGAGUGAAAAUUUCCCUUAAGUAAUAUAGAAAAUAUUUGAAAUAUACGAAAAAAUGUAGAUAAAUAGUGAAUAAUUCAACCUAGCAGUAUAAUAAUAAGCUGAGUAUUUUUCUAAAUUUAAAGAAUAAAAUCCAAUAGAACAAGGUUUUUAUAUUUUCCUUUAAAAAAGCUUAAAAAAGUCCUUUUUUGAACCCGAAGAAGUUCUAAGCAAUUUAAAUAAACUCAAAAUCGAAAAUAUUUAAUAAAUAAAAGAAAAAGAAAAAAAUACCUUUAAAUUAACUUCUCUUUUUAUCGGAAACAUAUAGGCUAAAUAAGCCUAAGAUAUACUCUAAAAUAUUGAAAAUAUAACUACUUUUAGUGAUAAAAACCUGAAUUUAUAAUAAUAAUAAUAAAUAAUUAAUAUAAAUAAAUUAGAUUCGUAUUUUAUAAGAGUUAAAAAUUAAGGAACAGAAAACAAUAAAAAUCGUGGUUUAGUAAAUUAUUAUUAAAUAGGAGAAAGAAAUGCUAGAAACUAUGCUAUAUUGAAUACCUUUAUAUAAGAUUUAAAUACUUAUCUAUUUUAAUUCUUACGUUCUGAAAAAUAAUUAGGUUAUUAAGUUUAAGCUUAAUUAUUAACUAUAGGAAAUAUAGAUAGUUUAAUAAUAUCUAUAUUAGGAGAUUAAGUUUCAGCUCCAGAAAUGAAUAAUUAUGUAAAUGAGGCUUUAAUAAAAUAUAGGGAAUAACUACCUGAUUAAUUAGAAUAAUAUCUUUAAUUAUUAAAAGAGGCUGCCUAAUAUAGACUAAACAAACAUAAAGACUCUCUUAAAGAAACUAUGGAAUAUUUGGUUUAAAAAAUGGAAGGAUUAAAUUAUUCUUUUGAAUCUGAUUAAUUAUCUAUUAAUGAAUUAGAGUAUUUAACAGAAGAAGAUAUAAUUUAUUUUUAUGACUAAAUUUUCUUUGAAGAAAAAAGAUUGAUUUCAAUUCAAGUACAUAAUUAGGAAGAUAGCCUAGAUAAGAAAAUUCAAGGAAAUGAUAAUAUUACUAAUGAAAAAAUAAUGGUUAUUAAUGAUGAAAAAACACUUAAAAAUUUCUUAAGUGAUAAAAGUUUUUUUACUAUAAGUGGAAAUUCGUGA